UAAGGAUCUCUCUCUCUCUCUUUCUCUGUGGCAUUUGCAGUACCAGUCGAGCUCAUUCGCGACCCCGAGAAGUCCCCUCCCCUCCCGCGGAGCAGCUCCGGGAGGAUGAGCGCCGUCGAGCCGAAGAAGCGGUCGCCGGAGCCCCCGGCGGCGAACCCUGGCCUCGACGACCGGAAGCCCUCCUCGGCCUCCGCCGCCGCCGGCCGCAAGAUCGUCGUCAAGAGCGCCGACAUGAAGGACGACAUGCAGAAGGAGGCCGUCGACAUCGCCAUCGCCGCGUUCGAGAAGCACGGUGUGGAGAAGGACGUCGCGGAGCAUAUCAAGAAGGAGUUCGACAAGAAGCACGGCCCCACUUGGCACUGCAUCGUCGGUCGCAACUUCGGUUCCUAUGUGACCCACGAAACAAACCACUUUGUUUACUUUUAUUUGGAUCAGAAGGCGAUUUUGCUGUUCAAAUCUGGAUGAUUUUAUCCUUCUGAGGUAGAUGUUGACCAGACGAUGAUGAUCCGACGCAAUUAUGGUGCUAUAAUUUGCAUCCGUGUGUAUUACGCUGCAUUGGACCAGAAAAAAAGAAAGGACCUUCUGGUGCAAGAAGCUGUAUAUUAUUAUUUUGCUCUUCGCCUGGCAUCUUAAUGUCCUCCGAAGUCUUAACAUUUUAAUGAAGGAGGUAAUCACAGUGUCCUCUCUCUC